CGCGGGAGGGCGAUGCCCCGCGAGAUAAGGGUUAGGGGACAGCUUCAACUGAACUAUAAUCAUCGCAGUUUUUGAUGUCGCUGCAUCUGAGUCCCGAGAAACCCUCCACAGCCAACGACGCGCCUUCGGUCCAACCACCUGAAAACAGAUUUUGAAGACCGGCCAAGUGUCUCUCACCAUCAAGAUGGCAACUCCGCAAACAACGCGCUCAACCCUCCUUUCACUAUACCGCUCCUUCCUACGCGAGCUCCCACCACGACCGAUCCUCUCCUCGCCCCGCGCGCCCCUGCACCAGCGCCUGCGCGACAAUUUCGAGUCCUCCCAACCCAGCAGCGAAAGCAGCAACAGCAGCGGAGAUCUCCUAGUCGCCCAAGCAGAACAGUACCUCGCCUACCUGCGCGCGCAACGCACCUAUGCGACCCUCCUCGAGCGCUACAACCCGGGCAUGGGCUUGGACGAGGAGGAGCGGGUCCGGCUGACGGCGCGGAGGGUGGGGAUGGAUCUUCCUGAAGAGUACGGCGUUAAAGGGGAAGGGGAGUAGGGGACGAACUAACUAAAGGGGUCGAGGGAGGAGAUGGAAACGACAUACGUACUACGCACUAGUCUGGAAGGCUUGGGUAAUGAAUAAUGGGACUCUGGGUUGGCUGGACGGCGGCGUUUUGGCGAAGGUCUAGCACCAUUGGGGUUAAGUUCUUCCAUGGGUUGACUAUCAUGGCGAAGAGGGAGACCGAGAAGGGAAUGAGCUGUCACCGUACAUGCAAUGGCGUGCUCUCCACUUCUUCCUCCUAUCUGCUAUUGAUGUACUCGAUCCGGACCGGAGAAGAAUGAUGAUAUGUUGAUAUCCAGCAUCCAUUACCUCCCCUGCUCGGUUAUGCUCUCCUUUCAGUGGCCUGAGGUACCCAGGUAUCCA